AUGGACCGUGCCGAAGCCGACAGACCAGAGAGGAGGACUGCCCUUAUUGCCAGAGAGCUGGCUAGAUACAAAGUGCAGAUUGCUGCCCUCAGUGAGUCCCGGCUUGCUGAGGAAGGUCAACUGACAGAAGUUCACGCUGGAUACACGUUCUUCUGGAUUGGACACAGACAGGAUGAGCGUCGCGAGGCAGGUGUUGGGUUUGCCAUAAAGACCAACCUGGUGAACAAGCUGGCUUCACCCCCCAAGGGUGUCAAUGACCGCCUGAUGACAGUCCGACUGCCCCUAUGUGGAAAGCGGCAUGCCACACUGGUCAGCGCCUAUGCCCCCACCAUGACCAACACUGAUGAGGUUAAGGAGGCAUUCUAUGAAGACCUGAAUGCUACCAUCUCUGCCGUGCCCAGAGCAGACAAACUCAUUCUAUUGGGUGAUUUCAAUGCGAGGGUAGGCACAGACUAUGCAUCAUGGAAGGGAAUACUGGGGAGAAACGGCAUAGGCAAAUGCAACAGCAAUGGCCUUCUGCUGCUGGAAACCUGCUCUACACACGAGCUUCUCAUCACCAACUCCAUCUUCCGCCUGCCUCACCGGAACAAGACAUCGUGGAUGCACCCUCGCUCAAAGCACUGGCAUCUGCUGGACUAUGUCAUCGUUAGGCAGAGGGACAGGCAAGAUGUCCGAGUUACCAAAGCCAUGUGUGGAGCAGAGUGUUGGACUGACCACCGGUUGCUGAUCUCCAAACUCAACAUCAGAAUCCAGCCUCCCAGACGACCACAGGGGAAAAAGGUCCCAAAGCGACUGAACAUCUCCAAGCUCAAGAGCGAUCACAUCAAACAGUCUCUGGCUGAAGAAAUUGAGAACAGACUGAACCCCCAAACUUCUUGUACUGGGGACAUCGAGUCAGAGUAG